GCUACAUUCAGGCCAGUAUUUGGGAGUGAGUCAUAGUCCUCUCAGAAUGUAAAGCCUUCCUAGUAACUACGUGCUCAUGAAAGGGGCGUGGGGCACAGAGAACACGGGUCCUGCUCUUCAAGUCCUGAAAUUGGACCUGGUUUCUGCGUUGCUGCAGCCAGCGCUCUUGAACGUGCAGAGCUGCCUGAGUCGGGACAGAGGAUAGAGUGUUCUGCUUGGCAGGGGAGAGAGGGUCAUUGUCCUGGACCAAGGCCUCCCGCAGCACUCGGGACAGAAGCUUGACUCGGUUAACAAUUGGCAGUGCCCAUCACAUGCCACGCUGAGCUUGUGGGGGAGGCCCCGCCUGGCCUGCUCAUGUCAGGGGUUCAUGGGAGUGUUAUGAGAACACUUGCUCCUGUGAAAUUGCUGUCAAAGACACAUAAGUGUUCCUUCCUCAGCCUAGUGCCACAUGAUCUGUCCUAGGAAACUAGCAUUCUUUGCUUAGUCUCUCAGCUGCAUGACCUUCCCCGUUGCCUCUGAUUGGGCCGCAGGAGGCUCCGGGCGGAGCUGUGCCUGCUUUCCGAUCUCUAAGUGAAAUAUCCAGGUGCCGUGGACUUGGAGAAAGUGGCCAAUGUGAUUGUGGACCAUUCCCUGCAGGACCGCGUGUUCAGCAAGGAAGCAGGACGCAUGUGCUAUGCCAUUAUUCAGGUUGGGGAGCGUUGGUGGAGAAGAGGGGAGACACUUGGCUUCAGGCGUGGGCAGAGAUGCGAAGGACUUCCCUCAGAGGCAGAGAGAGCAGAGAGCAAGCAAGCAGGCCAGAGUGUCUUCCGGCGUGGACUCCUCAACCGGCUGCAGCAGGAGUACCAGGCUCGGGAGCAGCUGCGCGCCCGCUCCCCGCAGGGCUGGGUCUGCUAUGUCACCUUUAUCUGCAACAUCUUUGACUACUUGAGGGUGAACAACAUGCCCAUGAUGGCCCUGGUGAACCCCGUCUAUGACUGCCUCUUCCGGCUGGCCCAGCCCGACAGUCUGAGCGAGGAGGAGGAGGUGGACUGCCUGGUGCUGCAGCUGCACCGAGUUGGGGAGCAGCUGGAGAAGAUGAACAGGCAGCGAAUGGAUGAGCUCUUUGUCCUGAUCCGGGAUGGCUUCCUGCUCCCGACCAGCCUCAGCUCCCUGGCCCAGCUGCUGCUGCUGGAGAUCAUCGAGUUCCGGGCAGCUGGCUGGAAGACGACCCCAGCUGCCCACAAGUAUUACUACAGCGAGGUCUCUGACUAGGCCUCCAGAUCAGGCUUCCCUCCCAGCAGCACUGGCCUUGCUUCUACCCACCUCCCACCUGGCAGCACAGUCUUUGCCUCUCCAAAGACUUUCCCUUCCAGCCUUUCAGCAGCUCCCAAGAAGUUUCCCACUUAUCCAGGGGUUCUGCCCUGAGCAUCUCCUCCUCCUGCAGGGGUUGGGGAAAACACUACACAGACCUGCCCCCUCCUCCCCUCCCCUCAGUCUCUCCCAUACCUCCCACCUGGCCCGGGAAGAGAAGGGCAACUCCUAACAACCACUGCACUGUGUAACCACUGGCACCUCAGUUUCCCAUCUGUAAAAUGGGUACCCAUCGCCACUGGUAGGAUGCUUUGGAAUGUCAAGGGGGAAAGGCGCAGAGCACAAGUCACACAGAAACUUUUAUACGUUUUGUAUAAGGACCACUUUGGAAACAGGCGUAUUUCCUCAGUCAGUUUUCAUGGGUGGCAGUACUGUAUCACAUGCUACACAGUUCAGGGUGAGAAUUUCCUAAUAAAGCUUUCGGAUACUAAAA